AUGUCCACCCCUCGAUGUUUCAUUGUUCGACACGGCGAGACCGAGUGGUCCCUCUCCGGCAAGCACACCGGGUCCACCGAUAUCCCUUUGACAUCGAAUGGAGAGAAACGGGUACGAGCCACAGGUCGAGCGCUAGUGGGAGACGAUCGAUUGAUCGUUCCGAAACAGCUUGCCCAUAUCUACGUAAGCCCUCGAUCGAGAGCGAAGCGCACACUCGAGCUCCUGGGACUGGGUUGCCGGGAUCCGUAUCCGUGGCAGAAGUCACGCAAUGAGUCGGAACCCGAACGUACAGAUGCCAAGGUGACAGUGACGGAGGACAUAAGAGAAUGGGAUUAUGGAGAGUACGAAGGUAUAACAAGUAAAGAAAUCCAGGAGAGGAGGAAGGUGGAAGGACUUGGACCGUGGGAUAUCUGGAGGGACGGAUGUCCGGGUGGGGAGUCGCCAGAACAGAUCGUGGAGCGGCUGGAUAGGUUGAUUUCAGAGAUCAAGACCCUGUAUCAUGCUCCAGCAAUCGGGAAGCCAACAAGCGAGGCUACAUCGAACUGUGACGUGCUGGUGGUGGCGCAUGGCCAUAUCCUUAGAGCCUUUGCCAUGAGAUGGAUUGAUAAACCGCUGACGCAUACGACGUUCUUGCUGGAAGCAGGAGGUGUGGGAACUUUGAGUUAUGAGCAUCACAAUCUAGACGAACCAGCCAUCCUGCUGGGGGGUGGCUUUGUCGUAGGAGAAAGCAAGUAG